CGUCCGUCCUUCCAUCCUUCUAUCCAUCCAGUCGUCGCAUCCGGCUGUCCACAUCUACCCGGAGGCAUACUUUGAUUUAUUCCCUUCAUCUCCUGCCCUGUUCCUCCUCUCUCGGGAAUCAUCGCCGGCCGCAGCCGUCAUUGACGGCGUUUUCUCCCAAAUGGAGCAGGAGAUGGCCGGCUGACUUGAGAGCUUGCUGAUUGGCUCGCCGAGCUCCACGCCAUGGCUAAAAGUCCGGAGGUGAAACUCGCCGUCUUAGGCCGAGCAGGGGUGGGCAAGUCAGCGUUGGUGGUGAGGUUUUUGACUCGACGCUUCAUCUGGGAGUACGACCCGACCCUCGAAUCCACCUAUCGCCAUCAAGCCAAUAUUGAUGAUGAGGUUGUCACCAUGGAGAUACUGGACACAGCGGGGCAGGAGGACAACCAGCAGAGGGAAGGUCACAUGCGCUGGGGCGACGGCUUCAUCGUGGUGUACGACAUCACCGACCGAGGAAGCUUCGAGGACGUGGCGCCGCUCCGGAGUCUUCUGGAAGAAGUCAAGAAGCCCAAGAAUGUACCCUUGGUCCUGGUGGGUAACAAGCGCGACCUGGACCACGCUCGGCAGGUGACCACCGAGGAAGGCGAGCGGCUGGCCGCCGAAAUGGCCUGCGCCUUUUACGAGUGCUCGGCGUGCGCCGAUCAGGGCGGCGCCGUGGCCGAGGCCUUCCACGAGCUGUGCCGCGAGGUGCGGCGGCGCAAGGCCGUGCAGGGCAAGGCCAGACGCCGCAGCUCCACCACGCACGUCAAGCAGGCCAUCAACAAGAUGCUGACCAAGAUCAGCAGCUAGGGGGGGGGGGGGGGAGACGGAGAAAAAAAAUGUACAGUUAAUGUUCACUGUUGAUUGUUUCCCAAAUGGACUCCAUGGGACUGCACUAGGUACUCGUUUCUCAGCCAAUAUAUCUCGCCUUUGGUCAUGUCCAAUAAUCAUCAACUGUGUAGGAGUUGCUAUGCUAUCCCGUUUCUGACUGCAGCUAGAUCAUAUUCUCGACAAAUCUGUGCGCGUGUGUGACAUGUCUGAAUAAUGUGUGACGAUUAAAAAAAAACAGAUGCACUGCA